AUGCCUCACAGAGCGACUUACUUCUUCCCGAGGCAAUUCCCGGAUCGGCAGUCACCUCUCGAUGCGACGUCGUCGAAGAAGCAGCUGUUGGAUCACGAGAAGCAAAAGGCGUCAUCGAAAGAGACGUUUACCUGCGAAAACGACGGCCUCCACCGGGACUCUGCCACAGUUGGCAGCAGCAGCAGCAGCGAUCCACCAGCUCCGAAAGCGACCUCGAUCGCCGCCACGACUUCGCCACUUGCCGAUCUCUUCACGAGCAGCGACGACGACAGGUACCACCAGAGGGAGAGCCAUGGAGACAAAUCCCGGAGGAAGAAGAAGCAGCUCGCCGAUUUCCGUGACUGGCUGGCCGAGAGGAAGGUGGACAGGAGCUCGACCUCUUCUGGUCACGUGAGAUUGAAAACGAGAUUGUCGAGAAGUGAUUAUUACGACGGUGUUGAUGAUUCAGACGACCGCUUGCUGGCGGCGGCGCCGCCGCCGGAGCACGAGGCUAAGGUUCAGGAUCCGGAUAAUGUGCCCAGGGAGAUUUUCGGAGUCAAGCUGAGGUGCAGAUUGUCGAGCGAUGAAUUCGACGAGACGGAGCGGUUGCUUGCUCCUCCGCCGCCGGAGUCGGAGAUUAAUGUAGUGAUGAAGGAUCUCCGUGAUGUUGACCGGAACUUUGACCGGCAGGACGCCGCCACGACCGCCACCACGCUAGUUCCGGGGGCGACGUCGAGGCAGCGGGAGGCGGCGGCGGUGGCGCAGGAGGUGGCCGACGAGGUGGAGAGAAGCGCGAAAAGUUUCGCGCAGAGGACUAGUGAAAGCUACUGUCUACAGCUUGGUUUGGCCAGGAGGCUGAGUUUGCAGGCUGAUAUUUCCGGCGAGCUCUUGCUAUUGAAAGAUGGCUCGCUUGAGAUUCCUGAUGUUGAAACUGUUUCUUACAGGCUCUGGGUAAGUGGCUGUUUGUCGUACAAUGACAAGAUAUCAGAUGGUUUCUACAAUAUCCUGGGGAUGAAUCCGUAUCUCUGGGUAAUGUGCACGGACGAGGAGGAAGGAAGAAAGCUGCCGUCUCUGAUGGCGCUCAGAGAAGUUGACCCUGGUAAUACUUCAAUGGAGGUGGUUCUCGUUGAUAAACGGAGCGACCCGCGUUUGAGAGAACUCGAGGAUAAAGCUCAAGAGCUGUAUUGUGCAUCGGAGAAUCCGUUGGUGUUGGUGGAGAAAUUGGGUAAACUUGUUGCUAUCUGCAUGGGGGGCAAUUUCCCGUUGGAGCAAGGUGAUAUGCAGCAGCGCUGGAAAUUGGUCAGUGGAAGAUUGAGGGAAUACCAGAAGUGCAUCGUUCUCCCUAUUGGCAACUUAUCCAUGGGACUCUGCAGGCAUCGGGCAAUACUUUUCAAGAAAUUGGCUGACUACAUCGGUUUACCAUGUCGUAUAGCUCGGGGCUGCAAGUACUGUGUAGCAGACCACAGAUCUUCAUGCCUUGUCAAAAUCGAGGAUGACAGACAGUUGUCAAGCCAGGAAACAUCCACGGUCCUGAUUCAACAAUCAAUGGAGGAUUCACUUCUCCAAUACCUUCGCCAUUUCAAAUUCCACAUCUUAAGAGAGUUUCAGCAACCUGCAAUGGUUGAUGUGCCAUCUCAACUUGUAGGCUCAAAGAAAUUGUGCAUGUUACCCGAAAAUCAUCCAUGUGCAGGCGAUAAUGAGGAAAGCCAGAAAACUAUUGGAACAGCAAGGGUUUCUGCUUUCAGUGGAGUAGAAAGAGCUUGUUUCGAAAUGGAAUCUUCAAUGAUGCGUUUAGAUUUGGAAACGAAUGCAGAAACAUUUGAUGCUGCUAAGCUUGUCCAAAAGAGCAUUGUAACCCAUACCAAGGUUAGCCUUUCCAUGGAAUCUGAUGUGAAGGAAGUCGAAAGUAAACCAGAUAACAGAAGUCGUUUAUCCUUCCCGACGACUGCCCCUAAUUUUUUGAACCUCGAGCCUUCACUAGCAAUGGACUGGCUUGAGAUUUCAUGGGAUGAUUUGCAUAUAAAGGAGCGUAUUGGGGCUGGCUCAUUUGGAACAGUGCAUCGUGCUGAUUGGCAUGGAUCGGAUGUUGCUGUCAAGGUUCUCACUGUUCAAGAUUUUCAAGAUGAUCAGUUAAGAGAGUUCUUAAGGGAGGUUUCAAUUAUGAAACGGGUCCGCCAUCCCAACGUAGUUCUGUUCAUGGGUGCUGUCACAAAGCGUCCUCAUCUUUCUAUUGUGACAGAGUACCUACCUAGGGGUAGUCUGUAUCGCUUGAUACACAGGCCAGCUGCAGGGGAGGUCCUGGAUCAAAGGAGACGGUUAAGAAUUGCAUUGGACUGUGGUUCGUGUCUACCUGACCUUUAUAGGCUAUACCAGUUUAAUGAAUUUGAAUCUGACAGUGUGUGUGACUUCGGGCUCUCUAGAUUCAAGGCCAACACUUUCAUACCAUCAAAAUCAGUAGCUGGGACACCGGAGUGGAUGGCUCCCGAAUUCCUUCGAGGAGAGCCUUCGAAUGAGAAAUCUGAUGUUUACAGUUUCGGAGUCAUCUUAUGGGAGCUCGUAACCAUGCAACAGCCUUGGAAUGGACUUGGUCCCGCCCAGGUUGUUGGUGCGGUCGCUUUCCAGAAUCGAAGGCUGGCAAUCCCACCUGGUACCUCCCCGGUGUUGACUGCCCUUAUAGAAGCUUGUUGGUCCGAUGAACCGGCUCGACGGCCUACGUUCAGAAGCAUAGUGGACUCGUUGAAGAAGUUGCUCAAGUCGCCUGAGAAGUUGAUACAUAUGGGAGUGCCGGCGGCGGAGUAGCCUCGCACCAAAUGCUUUCACUACACCUAAUUAUUUUUUAGCUUUUCCAGUCGGAAUAUCUUGGACAAACUCUGAACCAGAGCUAACUCUCCAGGUCUCAUCCAUCCUAAGACUAACUUAUUCAUUCCCAUCGAGAUCUCGACAACGACGAAAAAAUCUAGUCGGAGUGCUAUACGGAUCACAUGAUGUUCUAACCCGCAUCACCUAUGCUACUUAGUGAUGCUCAUUCAGGAAAAUGGAUAUAAAAAAAAAAAAGAGAAGAGAACUGACUUCGUUGGGGUUACCAACGUAUAGCAAAGUUUGGAGGCGGUAUAAUCACUGGUACUCGUGGGGAUUGCUUGAACAUGGCAGCCGGCGGGUGGUGCCGUUGCGCCGUUAAGGAGGUAACUUCUUACAAAGUUACAAUCUGGUGGAGUGAUUUAAGAAGGAAAGCUAGGUAUCUUGGGAUAUUUUGUUGUUGUUGUUGUUGUACUCUGAAUAUGAGCAAGUGUAAAUGUCAUGAAAUAUUGAUAAUGUCUCCGUCAUGACAUGUCUGAUGGGUGGAGGCUCCAUCUAUGAUGCAAUAAUUGUUUGUGGUUCCUAGUUAUUUUAGAGUGAAAUUGCAGACAGUUUCCUAGUUACUUUUUCUUCAGUUCUGUGCCCAAUAUCGUUUUCUUAUUCGUUCGACUUGUGUGCGACUGGGAGAAUUUGUUCUCCAAGGAGGGGUCGUUACAGUCGUUCUCUUUACAUCUUCAAC